AUGUUACAUUUUCAAUUUAAAUAUCUCUUAGAAUUAACAGUGAUCAAUCGUGUUCGGCAUCUAUCAAACUUCGCAUAUCAACAACUUAGCAUAUUGAAUAUAUUCGAAAGUAAAACAAUACGAACACGUACAAAUUUAACACGUGAAUAUUUUUUAACACGACUCUUCAUAUGCACGUUCAUCAUUAGCUCGAUUGGAAUUGGCUUUUACAUAUUUAUAUCUGAGCAAAAUCAGGUCGUAACAAUUAUACAUCCAUCUUUAGAAACUUAUGAAAAUCUGUUCAAUGAAUACUCAACUACGAUACAAUGUCCUUGUUCGCAAGUCUCCGUUCCCUAUGGAGCAUUCUUAAAUGUAACAUUUGUCUUACAUCAAGUGUGCUCAAGUGAUCUAGUUUCACCAAGUUGGUUACAUUAUUUGGCGUCCUUUAAUCCAACUCUUGUACCUGCUUGGACGGAAACACGUUUUUCACGUGAUUUUCGUCUUGAAGGUGUUUCGUAUUUUCAGCUUUUGGCCACGUUUUGUUCUUUAGCUAAAAUCAAUAUUGAAGAUGGCCAACGUAUUUUUACCAAUACACAAUUCAUCAACGAUCAACUUCUACCUCGAUCAAUCUUUGUUCAACAAACCGAAGCGCUGGCGAAAUCAUUUAUCAAUAAAACAUGUAACGAUUUUCUACGUAUUUUAAAUUGGAUUGAUAUCGCUGGUAGUUUAAAUCGAUUUUUAACAGGAACAAACUUUAAUUUUAAAAUUACAGUCAGCAAUGAUACUAAAGUAAAUAUUGAAGAUGUAUCUCUUGUUGCAGAUGCAGAAAUAACUCACACAUGGAUAUUUAUGACUACUCUAUGCUCAUGUAUAAAAGAUGCUACCCUUUGCUUUGUGAAAUCCCUAAUUUAUUUAAAUGGAUCAAAUUUCGCAGAUUUCCUACAAGUUUUUGAUGAACUUGAUGUUGGUUGUAUGCCUUUAAUGAGUUUCUUCCACUCAACAGUCACCUGGUGGUACAACAAGACUUACUUUGAGAACAUUCAGGCAACGUACGCUAGUAUUAUUAAUACUCAGUUCCCAACGACUAUCAAGCCACUCAAUUCAUCCAUACUAACUCAAUUCAAUCAAACUGCAAGCGAAUUAGUGAAUGCAAUGUUUGUAGAAAUGUCCUUUAUCAGCGAUCAGCGCUAUGAUCUGUUCUACAGUGAAUGUGCACCCAUUAGCUGCUCAUAUACAGAAUAUGGACGGCGAAAUAUCGUGGCUGCUGUUCUAUUACUUAUCUCAGUAUGCGGUGGACUUAAUCGAGGUCUUCGAUUACUUGUACCAUUGAUUGGAAAGCUUAUACUUAUUCUUAUUAAAAAAUGGCGGAAUCGAAAUAUUGUUGAUGGUAAGUGCAUCAUGCAGGCUAGAAGUGUUUCUUUGUCUUUGCUUUACGAAAUAAAUACAAAUACGGUCUUUUUACUUAUAGAAUAA